AUGGUUUGUAAAGCUCAGCACCGCUACCUUUCGAUUUCUCACCGCAAAUUCUCUGCUCCCAGGCAUGGCCACCUGGGCUUCCUCCCCCACAAGAGAAGCCGCCGCCACCGAGGGAAGGUGAAGACGUGGCCUAAGGAUGAUCCCAGCAAACCAGUCCACCUGACGGCUUUCCUGGGCUACAAAGCUGGCAUGACACACACUGUGCGGGAGGUGCACAGGCCUGGGCUCAAGAUCUCCAAAAGGGAGGAGGUGGAGGCCGUGACCAUCAUUGAGACCCCCCCAAUGGUGGUGGUGGGGGUUGUGGGGUACAUAGAUACACCCAAGGGCUUGAGGAAUUUCAAGACUAUUUUUGCUGAGCACAUCAGCGAUGAGUGCAGGCGGCGCUUCUACAAGAACUGGCACAAGAGCAAGAAGAAGGCGUUCACCAAGUACUGCAAAAAAUGGCAGGACGAGGAUGGCAAAAAGCAGCUGGAGAAGGAUUUUACGGCUAUGAAAAAGUACUGCAAGGUCAUUCGUGUCAUUGCACACACGCAGAUGAAGCUGCUCCCGCUGCGGCAGAAGAAGGCCCACGUGAUGGAGAUCCAGCUGAACGGCGGGACGGUGGCCGAGAAGAUCGACUGGGUUCGUGAGAAGCUGGAGAAGCAGGUUUCGGUGCACAACGUCUUCAGCCAGAAUGAGAUGAUCGAUGUCAUUGGCGUGACCAAGGGGCACGGGAUGAAAGGGGUGACGAGCCGUUGGCACACCAAGAAGCUCCCCAGGAAGACACACAAGGGCUUGCGCAAAGUUGCCUGCAUCGGAGCCUGGCACCCGGCCCGGGUUGGCUACUCCAUCGCUCGGGCUGGCCAGAAGGGCUACCACCACCGCACGGAGCUCAACAAGAAGAUUUACCGCAUCGGCCACGGGAUCCACGUGGAAGAUGGCAAAGUGGUGAGGAACAACGCCUCGACCAACUACGAUGUCACGGAGAAAACCAUUACGCCUUUGGGCGGCUUUCCUCACUAUGGAGAGGUCAACAACGACUUCCUCAUGCUGAAAGGCUGCGUCAUGGGCACGAAGAAGCGUGUGCUCACCCUCCGUAAGUCCCUUCUGGUGCACACAAGCCGCCGGUCUCAGGAAGCCAUUGAACUCAAAUUCAUUGAUACCACUUCCAAGUUCGGCCACGGCUGCUUCCAGACAGCUCAGGAGAAGCGGGCUUUCAUGGGCCCGCAGAAGAAGCACUUGGUGAAAGGGAAGCCAGGGGUGCAGGAGGAGCCAUAA